AUGUCACCAAAGAGAUCCCGCAAGAGAGUGAAGCCCAGCCCUGGCGCGGACUCACCGUCCCCCGCGUCCCCGGACAAUGCUGCCCGAGAUCGCUCGGACUCUCAGCCUCAAAGGCCUGGAAGCUGGUACCCUGGAAACUGGUCUGCCAUCUCGCGGGUCUCCAAGGCGGCUCCAGUUACCGAGGUUGCCCGUGAGAGUAUAUCGGUCGCUCAAAACGUAGCUUCCAGCGUUGCAGACACCUCAGCCUCCAUCCUCGACGCUUCCAAACAAUACAGAAAUCCAUCCAUUCAACUGACCCGGAAGGCGGGUGCCUCAACUAGAUCACUGCCCGCCAAUGUGACUACAACCCGGGUCAACAUAGUAUCGGACGCAUCGGCCUCUACAACGGCUUUGGACAAGUUUGAGGAUCCGGCAGCCCCAGGAACCUCGACACCCAAUAAAGAGGAUACCAAGGAAGAAACACCAAAGCCCAUAGAGAAACCAACAGAAGCGCAAGAGGCCAAUCCUGACAAAGCUGGCCCCGAGCCCAACACGUCGCAAGCAGAUCAGACUGAGCAAGCUGGCGGGUGGUUUUCUUGGCUAUAUCGCGCCGGGAACACCGAAAAGAGCACUGACAGUGGCCCGGAUCCUACGGAAACGACAGAAACGCAGCUUGAGCAGGACGAGGCUACGAAGCAGACCGACACACCACCAGUUACCCAAGACUCGCCCGCACAAGAGCAAGAAGAACCACAACCAGAUCAGGAUUCGCAUCCCACAGAUAAUACAACAGAAACAACUUCUACGGCGCAGAAGCGUUCCUGGCUGCAGAUGUGGUACGGUUCGGCUUCAUCUAGCAAGCAGGGAGACCAAGCUACAGUGGAACCGAGCAAAGCCUCUCCGGCUGAACCCCAGAUUUCUGUGAGCGGAGACGUGGAUAUGUCACCUAAAGAUCCACCGGGAGAGUCCGAUGAGGCAGUUGGUCAGACCAAGCCUCCCACUGGGAACACAAGAUCCUCCGGAUGGUCAUUCUGGUCCAAAGAGUCGAAAGACCCGUCUGUUUCAACCCCACAAGAAGUUGAAGGGGUUGAAGCCACAAUCGAUCAAAAUUCACCCACGCGUGAGACGUCACUUGAGCCAGACCCAGACACGAAUGUCAACAUUACCAAGAAUAACAGUAUCAAAAUCAAGCCGCCGAAAGACAAGCACGCUAAAGAUGGGUCUGCAUCUGCGUCUGCAUCUGCUGUGGCCGCAACCUCUGCCUCCGCACCACUUGCCGAGCCUCGCCCGGCCGAUGUUACCGCGUCAAAGCAAUUGCAGAAAAUCCUUCCCAAUCAAGUGCUUCCGCGUUUCGAAGACACGUAUACUUUGGAAGAAUCGCCAUCCAUUUUGCAAUCUCUUGGGCGAAUUCUCCAUUACUCUAAAAGUCCUGAAUACAAGCAUGUUUCUCGAAUCAGAGAGGCUUCUCGCAUCAAGCGAGCCUUAGCCAUUGGUGUUCAUGGUUAUUUCCCCGCGCCUUUUAUCAGAAGUGUAUUGGGUCAGCCCACAGGUACAUCCAUUCGAUUCUCAAACAUGGCCGCGGAUUCGAUUCGAAAAUACACAGCAGACCAUGGCUACUCUUGUGAUAUUGAAAAGAUUGCCUUGGAAGGCGAAGGUCGUAUCUCCGAACGAGUGGACCUGCUAUGGAAGCUACUUCUCAACUGGAUGGAAGAGAUUCGCAAGGCUGAUUUUAUAAUGCUUGCUUGCCACAGCCAAGGCGUGCCUGUCACAAUCAUGUUGGUCGCUAAGUUGAUAUCCUUUGGCUGCGUCAACGCAUCGCGUGUGGGCAUCUGUGCCAUGGCAGGUGUAAAUAUGGGCCCUUUCUCUGCAUAUCGUUCUAGGUGGAUUAGUGGCUCAGCCGGUGAGCUCUUUGAAUUCGAGCUUCCUUUCAGUCGAGUCUCUAAGGACUACGAGGCUGCAUUGAAGUGCUGUCUUGACUUUGGAGUCCGCAUAUCCUAUGUUGGAAGUAUCGAUGAUCAACUAGUCUCACUUGAGUCUGCCUUAUUCUCUCCAAUUUCUCACCCAUACAUCUACCGAUCUGUCUUUGUAGACGGCAGAGUCCAUGCUCCGAGCUUCCUUUCUCAUCUCGUCGGAUUUGCCCUCAAGCUUCGAAAUCUCGGGGUCCAAGACCAUGGGCUUAUCCGCGAACUCAGCAGCCCAUUGGCCGGCAGUCUCUACACUGGGGAUGGGCAUUCUCGUCUGUACGACGACGAAGCCGUGUACUACAUGGCUAUUCAAUUUGCCGUGGAAACCACUACCCUCCCAGAAACUAACCUAUACAUCAAACGGUCCGCCCCAGGCAUCCCCAACCCCUACAUCCUCCCCUUCGCCAUGCGCGGUAUCUUAGAGGAAGAACACGUCCGACGCGAACUCCACGAAGAAAUGAUGGAGCUCCUCCGCCAAUUCGACGACUGGAAGCCAACAAGCAAAGUCUUGAAGGAUGUCAAGUUCCGCCUCGAGGGUAUCCGAUCAAAGCUGUAG